AUGAAUGCUUUCCUGGCUGCUUACUGGCUAGCUAAAGUUACAGAUAUAGCUGUAAUAGAACUCUUAAUAACGUUUACUCAUUUUUUUAAUUCCAAGACAGGCAAAGUGGAAACACAUUUCCUGUUUGUUGAAGACAUCUUAAAAGAUUCUACUUCUGCCAAUGCUGAAACCAUCUUUAACAUUCUAAUUAGAAAGCUAGAUCACUAUGGUCUUCAACUUCAAAAGCUGAGCUCCAUGGCUUCUGAUGGAACUGCUGUCAUGGUGGGUGAACAAUCAGGUGUAGCUGCUUAUCUUAAAGAGGUCAACAAUAGAAUGAUUACGUUUCACUGCUUGUGCCAUAAACUAGCCCUUGCCUGUACCGACACAACCAGUGACAUCAACUACAUAAAAAAUGUUGAAUUGUGGUUGAGACAACUAUCGAAGAUGUUCGAAAAUUCACCAAAGUGGAUGGCCCUUUACUUGAAAGUUCAACUUGAAAUCAAGUCUGUCAAUCUGUAAGAUAAAGGCAAGGAAACUGUAGGCAAAAAGCUGAAAAAAACCGUGUCAAACAAGAUGGCUUUCUUUUCAUGCUGCUACCUCUGACAUUUUCAUUGACUACCUUGCAGUUCAACAGACACUGAGACAGCUCAAGGAUGAAGAUGCUGUAGCAUCUGGUCUCCUCAGCAAAGUCAACACAGCAAAAUUCAUUAGAGUCAUCUACAUCUUGAAUGCUGUCCUACCCAUCCUCUCUUGCCUCAGCAAGACCUUUCAGAAGGGGACAAAUAAUGAAUGGACUUCGGGUAUCACUACUCAUAAUGAUUUUGGUCUUGACAAG